AUGCUCAGUGCAUCUUCGUCCAACAACCACUCCCUCUUCUCCUUUGGCAGGAAUGGCGGCGGCGGCGGCAUCUCCAACGAGGCAGGGGAAUCGAGCACCUCCUACGACUUCCUCCCCUCGGUGAGCUUCGAUGACCUGCAGAGCAGUCUCGAGUCUGCCUCGACCGAGUUCAAGUUGACCCAGUUCCCCUCGCCCACAGGGAAAGGGAGCAUACUUGGAGGCCAGAACAGCAGCACAGCAGACAAGAUGGCCCAGCCUUCUGGCAUCACGAGGAACGGCACGACCACGCGCGUCGCUAUCCCCCCUUCCUCGACUCGCCCGGCCAGGUCAGGCUCCAUCUUGCGGAGACCGAGCACGUCCAACCGACAACCUAGUAUAUCGUCGUCCGCUUCGGUCGGGUCAAGCAUUGCUGAUGCUCCAACCGCACCAGCUGCCAUGAGGAAUCGUCGCCAGAGCGCGUACCCCCCUGUCUCCAACAGCAAUAUUGGCAAGCCACCGAGAAAGUCUGUCGGUCCAGGAGUCUUUGAUUCUAGCGAUUAUGGCCCUCGAGCUUCUCAGCGCCGACGGCCCAGCUUGGCAUCGACCUCGGAUAGGACAGUGUCUGGCUCGGCUCGGUCGUCGUUCGACGGGGGGAGUCGAUAUGGAGAAGGCGCGACGAGGCUGACAGCCUCAAGGGCGGCCAAGACGAAACCCGCCCAGCCUAGAAUUGACACGACUGCGCCCUCCGCGGAUAACAGUACCUUGACGGUAGAUCAAAGCACCACGUCGAUUUCGAUGCCGCGAUCACCUCGUGUUGGGAACAAAGGAGGUAAUCCAUCGUCCGCUAGCAAACGGAUGUCCGUGAUGCCCGGUACACAUGCUUCAGGGCUGGGAGCCCGCACGAUCAGCCCAACAGAUACCAGGAGGAUGAAAAGGAUGUCAACGAUGCAUCACACCCGCGACACCACCGAGACAAUCACCGAGCCGAUGCCCACUGCGUCCAUUCGAUCCGUCUCGCGCUCGCCGUCUAUGCUUCCCAGGAAGACGUCGACGCCUUCCUCGAACAGGACGACGCCAGACCCAAACCGAAAGUCCUAUAGUUCCGGGCUUUCUGUAGGGUCGACAAACAGUUUUAACACGGUGCGCACAUCGACUGGGUCGAUUCAGCCGCGUCUGCAGCAGUCGGCGACGACUUCAAGGUUGCCAGCCCCCAAGGCGCUCAGCAUUCAUAACACGAACCCGGCAGAAGAUGACGAGGACGUUCCUCCGGUGCCUGCCAUUCCCAAAGUCUACGAGUCUCCCAAGGACUCGCCUGCAGAGUUAUCUUUCCUCGACAAGCGAAAAUCCAACCUAGCAUUUGACACGAGCAGUAUACACAGCAACUCUACCGGUAGCUUGUCCGGGCAUCCGGUACUUGAACCGCCGGUCAAAAUUCAGCGCAACCAGAGUACCCGCAAGACCGGACAGAACGUAACCUUGGAUCUGGAUAAGAAGGGAAAUGUCUCACAGUCCAAGAAGAACUUACAACCACUACGCCUACCCCCUAUCAAUAUUGGACCCCUCAGCACCCCUACCGCGACCCGGAUAGCGGCCUUGCAGGAAAAUGGCUCGGCAGAUCGCAACGCCAACAGCCCGCCGCCGGCAAGGCAGAUCGCCAAAACCCCAACGACGCCGAUGACGGCCUCGAAGAGCUCCUUUUUCUCGCGACAUCGUCACCACGAUAAAACAGAACCCAUCGACCUGCGAAGCAGCUCGUCCAUUCAUCGCGUUCGCAACAAUGAUAGCCCCCUCGCUGCCGACAACAGCAGUUCGUCCGAAUCCCUCGUCACUGCUACCACGAAGAGUUCACUGCAGAAACCUUCAAUCUCGCCGUUCCUCUCUUCAUCAGUUCCCAAGGGUGGAGCGGAGCCAUCAUUGAUGAAGAGAUCCAAGACCGGCGGCGAUUUUAGCAAUGUGAACGACAGCACUAUAGAGCCAGUGAAACAGCAGAAGCCAUCUGGGCCGCGCGCCCCGGCAUCAAGACCGGUCAAGCCCGUGGAGACAAAGAGCACCGAAAAGACCCCGGCACCAUUGUCCAGCCCAGAAGAACCUCCCACGCCCUCCUCAAUUAGCUCUCUGAGGCGUAAGCUGAGCAUGUCUUGGAAGAGGGGCGGCUCUAAGCCUAGUCUCAGUCUUCCCGCCGGGAGCGUGCCGGAGAAGUCAACGGAGCAGCAGAGCCAAAGGCAAGACAACAUGCCCCCACCACGUAUCCCCAUUUCGUCCACGGUGAACGCACUGAGCACCAACACAGCCGGUGCUUCAACCAACUCCAAGCCAACGACCAACUAUCUCGAUUCAAGGAGGAGAAAGAGCUCGGCCUCGAGUCUGAAUGCAAUCGUGGCCCAGGACAGGGCUCGGAAUGAUAGCUGGAAUCCUGAUCGUCACCACAAGAAGGACUCUAACGGCGACUCAACGGCGGAUCGGUCCGUCCUGUCGCACAAUUCGUCUGUCAUGCAGAAGAUCCUCAAGCCCAAGGCAUCUACGAGUACAAUUCGGCAUCACGACGUUUGGAGUUCGGAACUGGACAAGGACGAUCUUCUAGCCGAAGAAGAGAUGAGGAAACUGGCAAUGAGGCGCAAGGAGACGGAGCUCGCGGCAAGGACUCUGGACGCGUUGCGCAAAAGAGCGUCACCAAAGGAGCGUGUCAGCGCUCAAGACGCCAUCCGUAUCGCUAUGCUCAACAUCUACGAGCGAGGCGAGAUCGUCGACUACAACGACAUCUACUUUUGCGGUACCCAGAACGCGGCCAAGGUGGUUGGAGAUCUCAACUCGGACGUUCCUAACUUUGGCUACGAUGACGAGCGCGGAGACUACACGAUCAUUCCUGGCGAUCACUUGGCGUACAGGUAUGAGAUCAUCGACGUUCUGGGCAAGGGAAGCUUUGGCCAGGUGGUGCGCUGCAUAGACCACAAGACAGGCGUGCUUGUCGCGGUCAAGAUCAUCCGCAACAAGAAGAGGUUCCAUCAGCAAGCUCUUGUCGAAGUCAACAUUCUGCAAAAGCUUCGCGAAUGGGACCCGAAAAACAAGCACAGCAUGGUCAACUUUACCCACAGCUUCUACUUCCGUGGACAUCUUUGUAUCUCGACCGAGCUCCUGGAUAUGAACCUCUACGAGUUCAUCAAGUCCAACGCCUUCCGUGGCUUCUCGCUCAAACUCAUCCGGCGCAUGACCAAGCAGAUGCUUAGCUCGCUCAACCUUUUGAAGCAACACAAGGUCAUCCACUGCGAUCUCAAGCCCGAAAACAUCCUCCUCCGGCACCCGAUGCAUUCCGAGAUCAAGGUCAUCGACUUCGGCUCCUCAUGUUUCGAAAACGAGAAGGUCUAUACGUACAUUCAGUCGCGCUUCUACCGCUCCCCAGAGGUCAUCCUCGGCAUGACCUACGGUAUGCCCAUCGACAUGUGGAGUCUGGGAUGCAUUCUCGCCGAGCUGUACACGGGCGUCCCCAUUUUCCCCGGAGAGAACGAGCAGGAGCAGCUCGCCUGCAUCAUGGAGGUGUUUGGCCCGCCCGAGAAGCACCUCAUCGAGAAGUCGACCCGCAAGAAGCUCUUCUUCGACUCGAUGGGCAAGCCCCGUCUCACGGUGUCGUCCAAGGGCAGGAGGCGCCGCCCGUCGUCCAAGACGCUGCAGCAGGUCAUCAAGUGCGACGACGAGGCCUUCCUCGACUUCUUGGCCAGGUGCCUCCGCUGGGACCCGGACAGGCGCAUCAAGCCCGACGAGGCGAUCCGGCACGAGUUCAUCACGGGCCAGAAGACGAGCGUGCCGAUCCCGUCGGCGCUGCAGCAGCACGACGCCGCCCAGCGCCGGGGGUCGCCCAUCAAGCGCCACAACACCGUCUCGGCGCCGAGGCCGCUGCCGGAACCGCCCGGCGGAGGCGUAGGCAGCUUCAAGGGCAGCGUGCAGCUGCAGCAGCCGCGCGGGAGCCCGCACAAGGCCGUCGCGGGCAUGGGCCUGCCGCCGCCGCUGUCGACGUCGUCGUCGCGCCGCGUCUCGGCCGUUGGCAGCGUGGGCAAGCGGACGAGCACGGGGGCGGGGCUCGCUGGCGGCGGCGGCGGCGGCAUACCGAUGAGCGCGAGCAGCAACCUGCCCCGCGUGGCGAACCGGUCCGUUAGCGUCAGGCAGGCGGAUCUCGCGGCUGCGGGGGCGACGGUGGCGAUGAGUAAGCGUGCGUGA